GAGUGAGAUGGAGAUCAGUACUCAAGUUAUUUGUCUGCUUUUUGCUACCCAUCACACCACAAGUUCUGUCAUCACAUUCAUCCUCAAGUACCUGGCCGAGUUCCCUGAUGUCUAUAGCAAAGUCUUAAAAGAGCAAAUGGAGAUUGCAAAGAGCAAAGGUCCGGAAGGGUUUCUGAAGUGGGAUGACAUUCAAAAGAUGAGAUAUACUUGGAAUGUGGCAAAUGAAACAAUGAGGCUAACCCCACCUGUGCAAGGAACUUUUAGAGAAGCCAUAACUGACAUCACUUAUGCAGGUUUUACAAUUCCAAGGGGAUGGAAGAUGCAUUGGAAUGUAAAUACAACACAUAGAGAUCCCAAGUAUUUUCCUGAUCCCGAGAAAUUCAAUCCCUCGAGGUUUGAAGGAAAAGGGCCUCGACCAUUCACUUUUGUGCCUUUUGGGGGAGGGCCUCGGAUGUGCCCCGGAAGGGAAUAUGCUCGAGCGCAGGUACUUGCAUUCAUACAUCAUGUGGUGACAAGAUUCAAAUGGGAGAAAGUAGAUCCCUGUGAAAAGGUUGCAUAUAAUCCAUCACCCAUUCCUUAA